AUGGCUAAUUCCAGGCAAACCACAAAAGUCAUCGUCGUAGGCGGCGGGGGCACGAUUGGGUCAUCGACGGCUCUACACCUCCUUCGGUCCGGGUACACUCCCUCGAAUAUCACCGUUCUUGACACAUUUCAUUUUCCCUCUGCCCAGUCCGCCGGGAACGACCUCAACAAGAUUAUGGGCAUUCGUGUCCGAGAUAAGAUCGAUGUACAACUGAGUCUGGAGGCGCGGGACAUGUGGAGAAAUGAUGCGUUAUUCAAACCAUUCUUCCACAAAACAGGAAGGCUGGACUGCGAGGUUUCCGAAGAGGGAAUCGCUGGCCUACGGCGGGAGUAUGAAAAACUCAUUGAAGCAGGGGUCGGGGAGACGCACGAAUGGCUAGAUAACGAAGACAAAAUUCUGGCCAAAGUUCCACUCUUACCAAGGGAAAAUAUCAAGGGCUGGAACGCAAUCUACAGUGAGGACGGAGGCUGGCUUGCCGCGGCAAAAGCAAUCAACGCUAUUGGUGAAUUUUGUCAAAGUCAGGGUGUCAAGUUUGGAUUUGGAGGUGCUGGCUCAUUCAAACACCCACUGUUUGACAAGGACGGAACGGUGUGUAUUGGCGUAGAGACAGAGGACGGCACAAAAUACUACGCAGACAAGGUCGUCCUCGCAACAGGAGCCUGGAGUCCUACAUUAGUGGAUCUGGAGGAGCAGUGUUGCUCAAAGGCCUGGGUGUACGCCCACAUGCAACUGACGCCACAAGAAGCAGUCGAGUACAAAGGAGUCCCCGUCGUCUACCACGGCGAUAUCGGCUUCUUCUUCGAGCCUAAUGAGUACGGCAUCAUCAAAGUCUGCGACGAGUUCCCCGGCUUCACUCGGUACAAGCAACACCAGCCUUACGGAGCCGACGCGCCCAAGCCGGUGUCAGUGCCGCGGUCACACGCGAAGCACCCCACCGACACCUACCCUGAUGCUUCCGAGGUCACCAUUCGCAAGGCUAUAGCGACGUACUUGCCGCGCUUCACACAAAAAGAGCUUUUCAAUCGGUCCCUUUGUUGGUGUACUGACACUGCAGACUCAUCGUUGCUUAUCUGCGAGCACCCGAGAUGGAGAAACUUUAUUUUGGCGACUGGGGAUAGCGGACACUCUUUCAAGUUGCUGCCCAACAUCGGCAAGCACGUUGUGGAGCUAAUCGAGGGAGACCUAGCCCAGGACCUUGCGGAAGCGUGGCAGUGGCGGCCCGGGUCUGGGGAUGCAAGGAAGUCCACGCGUGCGGCGCAGGCGAAGGAUCUGAGUGAGAUGCCCGGGUGGAAUCAUGACAAAGAGGUGACGCUGUAGAGCAUCCCGGGCAAUUCUUAGCAGAUCAAGCAAGCCUGCCCAGUUAAAGCCACAAAGCAAU